CACAACGAGCAAGAUUGGGGGCAAUCUCAUGGAGGUUCUCCAGCAAGCCCUCUCUUCCCGUGGUUUGGCCGUGGUUCCCAUUCCAGGGAAGGGCCGUGGCCUCGUCACCACCAAAGACUUCUCUCCUGGAGAUGUGAUUUUUUAUCAAGAGCCUUAUGCCUCUACACCUAGUAAGUUACUUGGAGGCUCUGUUUGUGAUGGAUGUUUUGGCUCAAGCAACUUGAGGAAAUGCUCAGGCUGCCGCAUUGCAUGGUACUGUGGAAAUGUUUGCCAGAGAUCUGAGUGGAAGGUACAUCAACUAGAAUGCCAAGCACUUGCAGGACUUAGUGAAGACAGAAGAAAAAUGCUUACUCCUUCUAUACGCCUUGUGGUGAAACUCCUAUUGAGGAGAAAACUUCAAGAUGAGCAGGUUAUUCCAACUACACCAACAGACAACUAUGACUUGGUGAAUGCCUUAGUAUCUCAUAUCUCUGACAUUGAUGAGAAUCAACUUGUGCUGUAUGCACAAAUGGCUAACCUUGUCAAAUUGGUAGUACCAUAUGUGGAGAUUAAUUUAAAGGAGGUUUCAGAGAACUUUUCAAAGAUAGCAUGCAAUGCGCAUACAAUCUGCGACAGUGAGCUAAGGCCCUUGGGGACUGGUCUAUACCCUGUUAUCUCAACAAUUAAUCACAGUUGUUUGCCCAAUUCAGUUUUGGUAUUUGAAGGCCGUGUAGCUGUUGUUCGUGCCAUGGAACCAAUUACUGAAGGGAUUGAGGUCUUGAUAAGUUAUAUAGAAACUGCAGCAACUACUUCAACACGACAGAAGGAUUUGAAGCAGUAUUUCUUCAGUUGCAGAUGUCCCCGCUGUACUAAGAGCUUGGAUGAAGACCUUCGGGAAAAUGCUAUUAUGGAAGGCUAUCGAUGUAUGGACAAAAAAUGCUAUGGAUUUUUGUUGCAUGACACUGUGAAGCAAACAUUCAUUUGCCAGCAAUGCGGCCUUCCCAGGGAUCAGGAAAAGACCAAGAAGACCGCUAAUGAAAUUGAAAAAUUAUUAUCAAAAGCUUCUACAUGUUAUUCCUCUGGAAAUUAUUCUGAAGCAUGUGUUUUGUACAAAAAUAUCGAGCAAAUUCAAAGCAAGCUCUGUCAUCCAUUCUCAAUCAAUUUGAUGCGAACUCACGAAACUCUUAUGAAGAUUUUCAUGGAACUAAAAGAUUGGAGAUCUUCCCUUACAAUUUGUCAAUUGACCAUUACAGUUUAUCAGAGAGUGUACCCAGAAAAUCAUCCUAUGGUUGGCCUGCAAUAUUACACUUGUGGGAAGCUAGAAUGGCUUUUGGAGCUGACUGAUGAUGCUCUGAAAUCAUUCACCAAGGCCACUAAUAUACUCCGAAUCACUCAUGGGACGAACACCCCUUUCAUGAGAGAAUUACUGAACAAGCUUGACGAAGCACGCGCUGAGGCUGCUUAUAAAUACUCCGCGGGCCAAUCCUCCGCUAAUAAACUUCUUUGAAUGAAUGUUAUCGGCGAUCAUUCGUGGCCUAUGAUAUGAUAAGCCUACAAAACUGCAUGGAUUCUUGUUAAGCUGUAUGGCACCAGUCCUCUGUUAAUCAAUCACAACUAGAUGUAAUUUUCUGACAUUUUUUACAGGGUCAAUGGAAGAUUUCUCUUU